ACAAUGUCGUCAGGAGUUACCUGAACCGAGGAGUUUUGCGUAGUCAUUUGAGUUUUGCUCACAAGACAACAUACAUACGCACAUUUUCUAAGUUUAACAGAGUUUAUUUAGCAUAUUUCAUGGAUUUUAUUUAAACCAGGACAUUUUGGACACAAGCCCGCGUGCCGCAGACAACAGGUGGACAUCGAUAUGGAGGAGUCCAGUGACUUGUAUAUUGUGUACGAGACAAAUGGCCCCACUCCCUGGGCAGACCACCAACAUCAGUGUCUGGAGGAUCUGGACAAUGUGGAAUGUCUCAGAAGGAAGAUUAAAUAUUACUUUAUGAACCCCUGUGAGAAGUACCACGCUCGAGGCCGAAAACCAUGGAAACUUGUAGUGCAGAUUAUCAAAAUUGUUAUUAUCACUAUCCAGUUAGUGUCUUUUGGUCUGAGCAACCAGAUGGUUGUCACAUUCAAAGAGGAAAAUCUGAUGACAUUUAAGCACCUCUUCUUGAAAGAUUAUGUUGUCGGAGGCAUGGAUACAUAUGCUGUUUAUAGACAGGCUGAUGUUUAUGAUCACAUCGAUUACAUCAUUGAACAGUAUGGACAUCUGCACAACAUCACAGUAGGCAAUCACGAAUAUGAGAAAAACGGUGCUUUCUACACCCCCCUGUCAGUGUGUCAGGAGUUCUACAGAAAUGGCACUAUCUACCCUGGAAAUGAGACCUUUCAAAUUGAUGCCCAAUUGGAAACUGAGUGCCUGGAAGUUUAUCCGAUGUAUUAUCCGUCAUUGCAGGAAGCACAUUUUGAAUUGCAUUUCAAAAGGAUGCUCUCGGUCAAGAUCACAUUUGUUCUCAAGGCCAUAAAUUUACAGACAGUGAGACAUCGAGAGCUGCCAGACUGCUACGACUUUACUGUUAUUAUAACUUUUAAUAACCAAGCUCACAGCGGCAUGAUAAAGGUUGACCUGGAAAACGAUGUCGACAUCAAUGAAUGCAGAGACUGGACUGUAACUGGAGCAUCUGCUCGACACAUAUACCUGACUGUGCUGUUUGACUGCCUCAUCAUUAUCACGUGCAUCACCUCCUUCACCCUCUGCACACGCUCAGUGAUCAAUGGGAUAAAGCUGCAGUUUGAGUACACACAGUACUGCAAGAAUCGUUGCGGUAAAGAAGUCCCAUGGUCAGACAAGUUGGAGUUUGUUAAUGGAUGGUAUAUUCUGAUCAUUGCUAGUGACAUCAUGACCAUCAUUGGCUCCAUUCUCAAGAUAGAGAUCCAGUCCAAGGUCCUCACAAGCUAUGAUGUCUGCAGCAUCUUCCUUGGGAUCGGCACCAUGUUUGUCUGGAUCGGGGUCAUCCGCUACUUGGGCUACUUUAGGAAGUAUAAUAUUCUCAUCCUGACACUGAGGGCAGCUUUCCCAAAUGUUAUCCGUUUCAUCUGCUGCGCUGGAAUUAUCUACCUGAGUUACUGUUUUUGCGGCUGGAUCGUCCUCGGCCCAUACCAUGAGAAGUUCCGGACCUUGAACACAGUGUCAGAGUGUCUGUUCUCCCUGAUCAACGGAGACGACAUGUUUUCCACCUUUAAAAAUAUGCAGCAGAAGAGCAGCCUGGUGUGGAUCUUCAGCAGGGUCUACCUCUAUACCUUUGUCUCGCUCUUCAUCUACAUGAUCCUCAGCCUUUUCAUCACAAUCAUCACGGACACCUACGACACCAUCAAGCAGCAGCAGCAAAGUGCAACUCCGACAUCAGAGCUGCAAAAAUUCCUGUCGUUGUGUAAAGAUCUGCCUAACUCUGGGGUGUACAGACUCAACGAGAACAGCUGCUUCUUGAACUGCUGCAUCAAAAGGUGCAGGAAGCACGAGACGCUGACGUCAGAGGCAUAGCAGGCCGCUAAUGUGGAAAUAUUGAAAGGCUUUACCGUAUAAACUGUAACCUUACAAUUAAUGUGCACUUUAUACUGUUAUACUCAGGGGAGUCUUGAAAAUCCUUUCAUUUAACAUCCCAGUUUUGCUCUGGUGAUUUGAUUUAAUGUGAAGGAGAAGUUUUUCAGUUCUGAAAAGACCAAACUGGAAGGUAAGAAACGAAGGAAUUCAAGACACAGAUUAAGUCUGGUCUCUAUGAUGCUGAGAGCACUUUGUAAAUACACUCAUUGAUAUUGAUGUAUAGAUCAAACAAAGUGACACAUUUGGAAUUGUAAGGUUUUUCCAAAACAUGUCCUUUGGAAGGAUCCCCAUGUUGUACACUGAAGAUAAUGAACAAGGUUAAAUAAAUAAGUUGUAAUGUAAAAUCGUGAGAUUUUAUUUCUCCAUUGUCAGGAGAAGGUUCAAUACAAAAUCUAUAACAUUUUUCUUUUUUCUCAUACUAUAGUUAAUCCCCUGUAAAAUCUUGUUACAAAGAAAAUGCCCAUUUCAAUUCAUGGCAAUAAUAACUCUAUACAACCCUUAACAAUAUAAAACUGACAUACUUUCAGUCUUUAAAAAGCAAUAUCGGGAAACAGAUACUAUAAUUGGCUCCACUAGCCACCACUGCAGUAGUAGCAGUAGACCUUUAUUUCCCCAGAGAGGAUUUGUCAUUUGAGUUAUUGUUGGAGAGGUCUGAGAUCAAUUCAAACCGAGAUGUACCACUCUGAAAGACUUCCUGAAAUCAGAAAUAGGCAGAACAAGCCAUGCAAUGUUCCAGUUUGCUUAACUGCUUGAGAUAGGUUCAUAUAAUGUCUCUUUUGUCCAUCAUUAUAAAGCAGAAAUCCCUUUGGUUUGGCUUAUGUCCUUGGAUACAGUACAAACUACUCAAAACACCACAACCCACAGUUUGUGUGAGUGGCUUGAUGCAAGCCUCCAGAGUAUGCAGACGUCACUGGUGCAGAGCUCUGAUUAAAACAGGCAGCAGGGGGCGCAACAAACAAGGUGGCAACCCAGAGACACUGUUGGCUAUCUAAAAACAAGUCUUAAAAAA